GGUGGUUUUUACCCAACUGGAUUUGUUGAUGGCAUUCGCCAACUCUACAGCACCCGUGAAAGAUGGUUUGCACCCUUCCCAUGGUGGGAAAAGUUUCGAUUAAGCCUUGAUAACAAUUUUACCAGACUCAAAAUAGUGAGCAGGAAGAAAGAAAGGGGAACAAAGACUGAUAAAACUGUUACUAUGAAAGAUAUCUUCAAACCCCACGAAGAAUGCGCUCAUCCUAGGACGGUCUUAAUUGAAGGGAGGCCAGGUAUAGGAAAGACCACAUUCUGUAAUAAACUUGCUUACGAUUGGGCAGCGAACAAACAAGAAAAUCCUUCAGGAAGUUUUUUUCCAAACUUCCAAGCUGUUUUACUGCUUAAAUGCCGAGAAAUAGAGUCUUGCCUUUCGGAGACCACCGAAGGACAACCUCUCCCUCGAUCUGAAAAAGAGAAACUGAACGAAAUCUUCAAGUCUGUCCUUUGGGACGCCAUUGAUGACCAGCUUCUGCCUCGAGAUUGCACAAAAGAAGAUAAGGAAGAAUUCUUCAAAUUCAUUCGCUGUAAUCAGCCCGAUAUUUUACUGGUACUUGAUGGAUUGGAUGAGUUGCCUGCCAAUAUGUUUGCAGCGUUUAAGGAAGUCAUUCAAGGAAGAGUGCUACCAAAGUGUUACAUUGUCGCUACAGCACGGCAAGAGGUUGGGAUGGAGGUGCGUGAGUGCUGCGAUACCUUGCUAGAAAUUGAAGGUUUCACCAAAGAAGACGCCCGAGAGUUCAUUUUCAGGUAUUUCAAAGAGAAACCUCAUUUGGCCCAGAAGCUUAUAAACAAACUAGAGUCUGACGAAAACCUCCAACAGUUGACAGAAAGUCCUUUAAACACUGUACUUCUUUGUCUUCUUUGUGAGGACUCUGAUGGUAUUUUUCCAGAAAGUGGUACACAGCUGUAUCUAGAAAUGGUAGAGUGUGUUCUUAGAAGAUAUAGGAAAAACAAAGGAUUACCAUUACCAAAUACCAAAGACGAAGACCUCACUAGAGUAUACAAGACUCAACUAAGACAGCUUGGCUCCAUCGCCUGGAACGGUCUGCUUCAUAAUAACCUGUCCCUCGAAGAAGGCGAGUUUAAAAAUUGCUCAGAAGAAUUACCUGAAUUCGGCUUCUUGUCCGUUGAGUGUAGCCCUAAAAAAGUGAGACCAUCUCUGAACUAUUGCUUUUUACAUAAAACAUUUCAGGAGCUGUUUGCGGCAUUUCACCUCUGUUGCCAGGUUCUAGACAACGAAAUUUGUCCAGAAACCUUAAUUACCGACGACAGAUAUUUUAAAGAGCUUAAACAGGUGCUUUUGUUCACAUGUGGCAUGCUAGCUUCGCAAUCGGAAGAAGCGAUAAAGGCUUUCGUCUCGUGUAUUGCUAAGAAGGUAAAGGAUAACGCUACGUUCUCAGUUGCAUUGGAAUGCAUUAAAGAAUGUAAAAACGAAAAGAGUUGUACCUUUUAUCUGCUCUUAGCUGUUACUCUUGGCUCGCUUCUUCAAAUAACACAGUUGGAUUUGUCACGGAAUGGACUUGGUACUGGUGACUGUACUGCACUGGCGGAAGCAAUCAAACACAAUUCAACAAUAACACAGUUGGAUUUGUCAUACAACAAUCUUGGUACUGGUGACUGUACUGCACUGGCGGAAGCAAUCAAACACAAUUCAACAAUCACACAGUUGAAUUGGUAUGCGAAUGGACUUGGUACUGGUGACUGUACUGCACUGGCGGAAGCAAUCAAACACAAUUCAACAAUAACACAGUUGAAUUUGUCAUACAACAAACUUGGUACUGGUGACUGUACUGCACUGGCGGAAGCAAUCAAACACAAUUCAACAAUAACACAGUUGGAUUUGUCACGGAAUGAACUUGGUACUGGUGACUGUACUGCACUGGCGGAAGCAAUCAAACACAAUUCAACAAUAACACAGUUGAAUUUGACAUACAAUGAACUUGGUACUGGUGACUGUACUGCACUGGCGGAAGCAAUCAAACACAAUUCAACAAUAACACAGUUGGAUUUGUGGGGGAAUCAACUUGGUACUGGUGACUGUACUGCACUGGCGGAAGCAAUCAAACACAAUUCAACAAUAACACAGUUGGAUUUGUCAUGGAAUGGACUUGGUACUGGUGACUGUACUGCACUGGCGGAAGCAAUCAAACACAAUUCAACAAUAACACAGUUGGAUUUGUCAUGGAAUGGACUUGGUACUGGUGACUGUACUGCACUGGCGGAAACAAUCAAACACAAUUCAACAAUAACACAGUUGGAUUUGUGAGACAAUAGACUUGGUACUGGUGACUGUACUGCACUGGCGGAAGCAAUCAAACACAAUUCAACAAUAACACAGUUGAAUUUGUCACUCAAUAGACUUGGUACUGGUGACUGUACUGCAAUGGCGGAAGCAAUCAAACACAAUUCAACAAUAACACAGUUGGAUUUGUCAUGGAAUGAACUUGGUACUGCUGACUGUACUGCACUGGCGGAAGCAAUCAAACACAAUUCAACAAUAACACAGUUGGAUUUGUCACGCAAUGAACUUGGUACUGGUGACUGUACUGCACUGGCGGAAGCAAUCAAACACAAUUCAACAAUAACACAGUUGGAUUUGUGGGGGAAUCAACUUGGUACUGGUGACUGUACUGCAAUGGCGGAAGCAAUCAAACACAAUUCAACAAUAACACAGUUGGAUUUAAGAGGGAAUGAACUUGGUACUGGUGACUGUACUGCACUGGCGGAGGCAAUCAAACACAAUUCAACAAUAACACAGUUGGAUUUAAGAAGGAAUGAACUUGGUACUGGUGACUGUACUGCACUGGCGGAAGCAAUCAAACACAAUUCAACAAUAACACAGUUGGAUUUGUCAUGGAAUGAACUUGGUUCUGGUGACUGUACUGCACUGGCGGAAGCAAUCAAACACAAUUCAACAAUAACACAGUUGAAUUUUUAA